AGCCGCCCGGCGCGGCGGAGGCGGCGCUGGAGGGAGGCGGCCGGAGGCGCUGGGCCGGGCCGGGCCGUGCUGGGCUGAGCGAGGCGGCGGCGGCGCAAAAUGGCGGACAGGUUCUCCCGCUUCAACGAGGACAGGGACUUCCAGGGCAAUCACUUUGAUCAGUAUGAAGAAGGGCACCUGGAGAUAGAGCAGGCGUCUCUAGACAAGCCGAUCGAAUCGGAUAAUAUUGGACACCGCUUACUCCAGAAACAUGGCUGGAAGCUGGGCCAGGGAUUGGGAAAAUCACUGCAGGGGAGGACAGAUCCCAUCCCUAUCGUCGUCAAGUACGAUGUCAUGGGCAUGGGGCGGAUGGAGAUGGAGCUUGACUACGCCGAAGAUGCCACCGAGCGGAGGCGUGUGCUGGAGGUGGAGAAAGAAGACACCGAGGAGCUGAGGCAGAAGUACAAGGACUAUGUGGACAAGGAGAAGGCAAUUGCCAAGGCUUUGGAAGACCUGAGAGCAAACUUCUACUGUGAACUCUGUGACAAGCAGUACCAAAAGCAUCAGGAGUUUGACAACCACAUCAACUCCUACGACCACGCUCACAAGCAGAGGUUGAAAGAUCUGAAGCAGAGGGAGUUUGCUCGCAAUGUCUCCUCGAGAUCACGGAAGGAUGAAAGGAAGCAGGAGAAAGCCCUGCGGCGUCUGCACGAGCUGGCGGAGCAGAGGCGGCAGCCGGAGUGCGCUCCUGGAAGCGGCCCCAUGUUCAGAACCACCACGGUGGCUGUGGAUGAGGAAGGUGGAGAGGAGGAGGAUUCCGCAGCCAACAGCAGCUCCUUCGUCCAGACAGCUUCUGGCCAGGCCUCGGAGCUGCCUAUGGACAGAGGUUUCCUAGGCAUUGGCCAAGCGGGCGGCAGCCUCGCUCCCAGCCAAAUGCCCCUCCAGACGACACAAGCCAUCAGCUUUGGCAUCAAGAGCACCCUGGGCACUCCGCUGCAGAAGAUCGGCGUCUCCUUUUCCUUUGCCAAGAAGACGCCGGUGAAGCUGGAGACCAUCGCCUCUGUCUUCAAGGACCACGUGGACGAGUCCAGCUCUGCAGAUGGAGCAAAAGCUGAUGAGAGAGGGUCCUCAGACACGGGCAGCCUGCAGAAGUCUGGCGAGGGCGAGAGCACCACCAACUCUGAUGGCAAGGGGGAGGAAGAUGACCAACACGACAAAGACGGUGGCUCCCUGGCCACUACCUUAUCGAAGCUCAAAAAGAUGAGGCGAGAAGAGGGACCAACGGCAGUCGAGCCGGAAUACUACCACUACAUCCCCCCAGCCCACUGCAAAGUCAAGCCCAAUUUUCAGUUCCUCCUCUUCAUGAAGGCCACGGAGCAGACGGAAGCUGAAAACGCCAACAAAAAGCCCAGCCCCGAAGCGAGGAAGGGCAGCUCUCCAAAACCCAAACCUGGCAAGCACCCAGAGAAGGCUGCCGAGAGCGGGGGGCAGCAGAAGGAGCAGAGCACUACUGAAUCCGCAGCUCAGCAGAGCAAGACGGAGCCGAAAGAAGCCCCAGAGAAUGUGAGCCCGCAGGAGGGCAGCAAGCAGCCUGCAGCCAGCGAUGCCCCCGAGCCAGACGCUGCUAAAGAGGCCGCUCAGCCUGUCCCAGGCUGCAGAGAUGCCUCUAAAGGACCAAAGCACCCAACAGGACCUUUUUUCCCCGUUCUGAGUAAAGAUGAGAGCACCACUCUGCAGUGGCCUUCAGAGCUCCUCAUCUUUACCAAAGCAGAGCCGUCGGUCUCCUACAGCUGUAACCCUCUCUACUUCGACUUCAAGCUGUCCCGCAACAAAGAUGCGAAAGGUAAAGGGGGGGCAGAGAGAGCCAAGGAGCCCGGGGGGCUUUGCAAAGAGAGCCUUCAGAAUGCAGAACCUGGUGAGGCCGGCAGAGCCAAGGAGGCAGAAAGCACGGCUAACAGCUCUGCCCUCAAAGCGGAAAGCAAAUCCGUGUCCUCCUGUAGCUCCCAGAGCAAGCAGGAGUCCGCCGUGGCCGGUGUUAGUAAGGGGGAGGGGGAGGAGAGCGGGAAAGGCCUUCCCAGUAAGGGCAAGUCUGGCAGAUCCCACAAACACAAAAAGAAAAAGAAGCACAAAAAGUCCGGCAAACACAAACGGAAACACAAGGAGGAGGCGGAGGAGAAGGGCCGGAAGAGCGACCCGGGCGAGGAGAAACCCAAGAAGCGGAGGAGACGCCGGCACAAAAAAGGCAAAGCCUCGCUCUCGGCCGACUCGGAGCGGGCGCCCAAAGCCGACCUGCCCGAGGAGUGCGGCCACUCCCAGCGGAAGAAGCGCUGCUCCCAGGAGUCCCAGAGGAAGUCCCUGUCUGCCGAGGAGGGGUGCAGCGGGAAGAAGGAGGAGGGCAGCAACUCCUGCCCGGAGCACGGCGGCAAGAAACACAAAGCGGAGCUGCAGCAGCCGCCCGCUCCCAGGAGACGCUGCUCAGGCCCUUCCCUGGGCAGGGCCGGGCGCCGGAGCCGGCCGAGCAGCGGCGAGGAGGACAGCGACGAAGGCUCCCAGCGCAAGCGCUGCCGCCAGAAGUCCCCCUCGCAGUACAGCGACGACUACGACUCGGGCAGCGAGGCCUCGCGCAGCCGCUCGCGCUCCGGCCGCCGCCGCUCCUCCCGCAGGUCCUACUCCAGCAGCUCCGACGACGCCUCCUCGGCCCACAGCCGCUACAGCCGGCGCCGCAGCUACUCGGACGACAGCUACAGCGACUACAGCGACCGCUCCCGGUGCCGCUCCAAGCGCUCCCACGACUCGGAGGAUGACUCCGACUACAACAGCUCCAACCACAGGUCCAAGCGCCACAAGUACUCCUCGUCGGAAGACGACUACAGCUCCAGCAGGAGCAGGUCGAGGAGCCGCAGCCGGAGCCGCAGGUCGCGCACGAGGAGCCGGGGCAGGACGCGCAGCAGCAGCUGCAGCCGCAGCCGCAGCAAGAGGAGGAGCCGCAGCGGCACGGGGCGCAGCUGGAAGCGGAGCCGCAGCUACAGCAGGGACCGGAGCCGCAGCACCAGGAGCCACUCGCAGAGAUCUCUGUCGCGGAAGGGGUCGAGGGGCCACGAGAGCCCCGAAGAGAGGCGGUCGGGGAGGAGGGACUUCAUCAGGUCCAAGAUCUAUCGCUCGCAGUCUCCUCACUACUUCCGGACAGGCCGGGGCGAGGGCUCGGCCCUGAAGAAAGAGGAUGGCAAAGGGGAGGACCUGAAGGGGUCUGGCUCCCUCUCGCAGAACAGCAGCAGCUCAGGCACGGGGAGGGUCUCGGAAGGGGACUGCAGCCCAGAGGAGAGGAACUCUGUCACUGCUAAACUCCUCCUGGAGAAGAUUCAGUCCAGGAAGGUGGAGAAGAAGCCAUGUGUCACUGACGAGAUGCUGGCAGGGGCAAACAAGGUGGGCAUAAAGCUCAAAGAUCCUCCCCAGGGCUACUUUGGCCCCAAACUUCCUCCUUCCUUAGGCAACAAACCGGUUCUGCCCCUGAUCGGGAAGCUGCCGACCGUGCGGAAACCCAGCGCCAAGCGAUACGAGGAGUCGGGCUUGGAGAGGGGCGAGGAGCCAGAGCUGUCCGACUCGGAGGACGCCUCCCAAGGCACGGAGGAGGCUCAGCUGGCGGGCCAGUCCCUCCUGGAGGACGUGGUGAUGGUGAUGCAGGACAAGCCCCUGGAUGAGCAGAAGCGUGAGGAAGCCAACGCGGAAGUGGCGUCCAUCCCCCUGGAGGCGCCGGUGCUGCCCGAGUGCUUCGGCUCCGGGGAGCUGGUCAUGCAGCACAGCUUCCUCUCGGAUCCCGGCGACGGCGACGGGCUGGAAGCUGUGGAUGGGGGCAGCCAGCCGGGCCCGGUGGAGACCAGCAUGAUGCCCUUAGUCCCAGAUGUUGAGCAUUUUCCUGGCUACGUGCCUCAGAGCGGGGAGCCCAGCAUCGAAGGGGACCGGGAAGGAGAGGACUCCUCCCUGGCGCCCCUGGAGAGCCAGCCCAUCACUUUCACCCCUGAAGAGAUGGAGAAGUACAGCAAGCUGCAGCAGGCCGCCCAGCAGCACAUCCAGCAGCAGCUGCUGGCGAAGCAGGUCAAGACCUUCCCCGCCUCGGCGGCGGCCCUGGCCCCGGCGGCGCCUGCCCUGCAGCCCAUCCACAUCCAGCAGCCGGCGGGCGGCUCGGCCACGUCCAUCACGACGGUGCAGCACGCCAUCCUGCAGCACCACGCCGCCGCCGCCGCCGCCGCCAUCGGCAUCCACCCGCACCCGCACCCCCAGCCCCUCGCUCAGGUCCACCACAUCCCCCAGCCCCACCUGACGCCCAUUUCCUUGUCCCACUUGACCCACUCCAUCAUCCCCGGGCACCCUGCCACCUUCCUGGCCAGCCACCCCAUCCACAUCAUUCCAGCCUCCGCCAUCCACCCGGGCCCCUUCACUUUCCACCCCGUUCCUCACGCCCUGUACCCGACCCUCCUGGCCCCCCGACCUGCCGCCGCUGCCGCCGCCACGGCCUUGCACCUCCACCCCCUGCUGCACCCCAUCUUCUCAGGACAGGACUUGCAGCAUCCCCCCAGUCACGGCACAUGAAGGACAAUAACCAGGUUCACCUUGGAGAAAGGGGAAAUGUUGUUGAGUUGUGGGCAGGGGUUGAAGUUGGUCCAGCGGGCAGGUGAGGCCGGAGAAUUUCCUUUCACUCUUUAGCAGCCAAAGAAGCCGAAGGCUGGAGGGGCUGGGUGGCAGCAGGCGGCGGUGUGGAUCCACUCUGGGGGCUGGCUCGGUCCCUGACACCUCCAUGCCUGUGGCAGUGCUGUCCUGGAAGGAUCAUUGCAGCUCUAGACCAGCAAGGCACUUGGAAAGGCCUUUUUGUUUUGGUUUGGUUUUGUCCCCCCCCCCCUACACUGGGUUCUUACACUUGGUCUUCUUCCUCCUGCCUGAUGCUAAAUGAGGUUUCAUGCUCACUCAUAGGUCUCUCCAAACCCUGUUAAUGAGUUCAUCUAAUUAAAACAGUCAGCAAGAGCGACUCUGGCUUGGCAUCAGCAGCCAGCUGGUCAGGAGCUGCCAGCUGGGGGGCUCUGGCCAGGAGGUGACAAAGGGCAGUGCCACUCUGCUUUGGCUGGGCCAGGUCUGAAGGCAUUACCAGAGGCUUCCUGGCACCCCAGGGCUGCACGCUUGGGAUUUUCCCUGCUGCGAGCAGCGAAGGUGGAAGGAAGCAAAGGCAGAGAGGAGCUCUGCGUGCGCGCAGGGCUCUCCCCCUUCUCCCUCUGUCUCCUGCAGGUGGAGGGCUGGGGGGGAGAGGGGUUGGGGAUUUCAGUCUGGGCUCUGAGAGCAGAGAGAGCAGGGGGAGGAAAAACCAUCAGUGGCUUCCACCUGUGGCGUCGGGAAAGAGGCACUGGGAUGAGAGAGGGAAGAGCAAUCCCUUAGGAACUGAAGCAAUACAGAGGGGCAGAGC